AUGCAACGUUACAUCUCCCACUUCGACGGCAUCGACGGCCUCAAAAAAGAAGAUGUGCCAGUCCCAUCACCCAGACAAGGCGAAGUCCUCGUCCAGGUCCGUACUAUAUCGCUGAACUACCGCGAUUUGGAAGUGAUCAACGGCAAAUACGACCACCACCGCGCAAUCAGGCAAGUGCCAAACAUAGUCCCCUGUUCAGACAUGUGCGGCGUGGUCCAAAGAGUCGGCAAGAACGUCACCAAAUGGGCCGUCGGUGAUCGAGUGGUUUCCUUAUACGUCCCGGACCCCAAGACAGGACAACUGACUGAGAGAGCGCUCGCUACCAGCUUGGGCCUCCCUCAGCAUGGUGUGCUGGGAACGCAUCGUGUUUUCGCGGAGGAUGCGUUGGUCAAGGCACCCGAGCACAUGAGUGAUGAGGAGGCAUGCACGCUGCCAAUCACGAGUGUUACGGCGUGGAUGGCGAUCAAUGGCACGCGGCCGUUGGGCGAGAAUGGGGGCCGGGGGGAUAUUGCUGGUUUGCAGAUUGCGAAGGCAUCUGGUGCGAAGGUUAUAAUUACUUCGUCGUGUGAUAAGAAACGAGCCAUGGCAAAAGACCUCGGAGCAGACUUUGGUAUUAACUAUCGUCGGAUACCGGAAUGGGCUAACAAAGUGAUGGAAGUCACUGACGGACAUGGCGCGGAUAUUAUUCUUGAAACGGGUGGGUCGCAGACGUUAAGUCAGAGCUUCGCGUGCGCUGCGUAUGGUGGCCUGAUCAACUGCAUUGGGUAUACUUCUGGCAAGACUCAAGCUUCUGGAGAGCAAAAGAACGUCAAUCUGCUCACUAUACGUUGUAACCUGACAUUGAAGGGAUUUAUUAACGGACCGACGGAUCGCUUCGAGGAGCUGAUCAAUUUUGGGAAGAAACAUGAGAUACAUCCGGUCAUCUGCAAGGUCUUUUCUUUCAACCAGGCGAGGGAUGCUUUCAGAUAUCUGGAAAGUGGCUCGCACUUUGGAAAGAUUGUUAUCCGGGCUUAGCUGGUCCGGAUAUUGUUUGAUUAUGCGACGAUAAAUAGCUAAGAAUAACUCAAUAUGCCCGGGGAUCAU